CCCAAUUCUACAUAGAAAAACAAACUUCCACCUAAACAUGUACAGAAAUUCGAAUCCCUAACCUUCCGACUCCUCUCUUUAGCUCUUCUUACGUCGUCGUCGGCGGCGAUAAGCAGAAGCUGCCGCUGCGGCGUGUUCGCCGCUCCACUCCUAACCGGAGGAACCCCACUCCUUUCGCAAAGAAUCCUCCGCCGAUCACCAGUUGACCACCAGUCAGCCAGUUAAUUCCGUCAAACGCUACUGCAAAAAUGGAGGCCGCAUUCUGCGUCGCGCCCCGAAAUGACACCCGCCACACUCCAGAAGAUUUUUAUUCGAAAGGCCAUAAGCGUAUUAAACUAUCCCAUGAUAUUGCAAAACCCAGUAAAACAGGCUCUUCAAAUGUGGUGGAUUAUUCUGAUCCAUUUGCUGUAUCCCAUAUGAUUGAGACGCUUGAUUCUGGAAUAUAUGGAAGUGUUACUGAAGACAUGAAAGCCUUGCUUACGUUCAAGCUUCAAGUUUUGAGUCCCUAUCUUCAGAAACAUCCGUCACUUUCUGAUAUAUUAUGGGGUGGAGAAAAGAGCUCAACUAAAGGUGGUUCAGGGGUACAGUCGGAUGAUGUCAUUGAUCUUGAUGAUGAUGAUGAUGUGGGACAUAAUCCAAUGGUGAAAAAUGCUAUUGUAGUUAUUGACUCAGAUGAUGAAGACAAACAAGAUCAACGGAUGGUUCUUCCCUUCCAGGAGGUGGCUUUGCCGAAGCCUGAGGGGCAAUUUGUCACAGAAAAAGAGUUUGACGACCUACAGAUAGAGAACAAACGACGAGGAGUGCCACAAAUGGUUCCUGUUGAACUUGGUGGCAAGAAAAAGCCUGAUCCCAAGGACGAGCCUGAUAUCAAGAAAGAUAAAGGGACUUAUAUUGGUGUCGCUGAUGAUGAUAAUGAUUCUGAAACUGUUGAUGAUGGUCUGGGAGAUAUUUGGAAUGAGAUGUCCCUGGCCAUGGAAUGUGCCAAGGAAGACGUGGAGCAUCAUCCCUCUGAUGAUUACAUGGAAGAUGACGAUGAGUUAUGCGACCAUUCUUUCAUCUUAAAGGAUGAUAUUGGCUAUGUUUGCCGCAUCUGUGGAGUUAUUGAGCGAGGGAUUGAGAGCAUAAUUGAAGUCCAAUUUUAUAAGGCAAAAAAGAGCACAAGAACAUAUAUGAGUUCACGGACAGAAAAGGACCGAGACCAAAAAGAGGCAAUUGGAAUUCAACUAUCAGAAGAAGAUAUGAUGGUGACCGAAAUUGCUGCCCACCCAAGGCACUUGAAAGUGAUGAAACCACAUCAAAUUGAAGGUUUCAAUUUCCUUUGCAGUAAUCUGGUCUCGGAAAACCCCGGCGGAUGCAUAUUGGCUCAUGCACCUGGGUCUGGGAAGACAUUCAUGAUAAUCAGUUUUAUGCAAAGCUUUCUAGCUAAAUAUCCUCACGCAAGACCCUUGGUGGUGCUCCCAAAAGGAAUAUUAUCUACAUGGAAGACAGAAUUUAAAAGAUGGGAAGUUGAGAAUAUUCCAUUGCUCGACUUCUACACCAUGAAAGCUGAUAGUAGACAUCAGCAGUUGGACAUUUUAAAGCAGUGGCUGGAGGAGAAGAGCAUUCUGUUCUUGGGUUACAAGCAGUUCUCCUCAAUCAUUUGCGAUAGUGGGAGCUCGGUUGCAACCAGCUGUCAAGAGAUACUUCUUAAACGACCUUCGAUCCUGAUUCUGGACGAGGGACACACUCCCAGGAACGAAAACACUGACGUAUUGCAAUCUCUUGCAAAAAUUCAGACUCCUCGAAAAGUCGUGCUUUCCGGAACCCUGUAUCAGAAUCAUGUGAAGGAGGUGUUCAAUAUAUUGAACCUUGCACGUCCCAAGUUCCUGAGGCUAGACAGUUCAAAGGGCAUUGUGAAGCGGAUCAUGAGUAAAGUAAACAUCUCGGGACUGAAGAAACAAAUUAAAGUAGGUGCUGAUGCAACUUUCUUUGAACUUGUUGAGCACACAAUUCAAAAGGAUCCCGAUUUCAACAGAAAAGUGUCGAUUAUCCGAGACCUUCGUGAGAUGACUAGCAAGGUCCUUCAUUAUUACAAAGGAGAUUUCUUGGAUGAACUUCCUGGACUGGCCGAUUUCACUGUGGUGCUUAACCUCAGCUACAGACAAAAACACGAGGUCAAGGAGUUGAAGAAGCUUGCGAGGAAGUUCAAGAGAAGUUCUGUUGGUAGUGCUGUUUAUCUGCACCCCAAACUGAUCACUGUCUCUGAAAGUGUCGGAGUGACGGAUGGCAAGAUGGACGAGCUUUUGGAAACUCUGAACCUAAGGGAUGGGGCGAAAGCGAAGUUCUUUUUCAACAUGUUGGGGUUAUGCGAGUCCACAGGAGAGAAAUUAUUGGUGUUCAGUCAGUACCUCACUCCAUUGAAGUUUCUGGAGAGGUUAGUGGUGAAUGUGAAAGGGUGGACGAUGGGGAAGGAGAUAUUCGUCAUCUCGGGUGAAUCGAGUUCUGACCAGAGAGAGUGGUCCAUGAACCAGUUCAACAAGUCUCCUGAUGCCAAAGUCUUCUUCGGAUCAAUCAAGGCUUGUGGAGAGGGCAUAUCGUUGGUAGGGGCAUCGCGGAUUCUGAUCCUGGACGUUCAUCUCAAUCCAUCCGUGACCCGCCAGGCUAUAGGGCGUGCAUUUCGACCUGGUCAGACCAAGAAAGUGUACGCAUACCGGCUGGUCGCUGCUGAUUCGCCCGAGGAGGAAGACCACAGUGCUUGCUUCAGGAAGGAGGCGAUUGCCAAAAUGUGGUUCGAAUGGCACGAGUAUUGCGGUUACCAGAAUUUUGAAGUGGAAAAAAUCGAGUUGGAAGAGUCUGAUGAUCCCUUCUUGGAGAGUCCUCUGUUGAGGGAAGAUAUUAGGGUUCUGUACAGAAGCGCUUUCCACUUCUGCCCCUCAAGGCUCAAAGAUCAACCUCUCGGCCUUCCUCCCAAACCCAGCUUGAAGCUCGAGUUCAUUCCCCAUAGAUCUCGAGCAGCGACAUCCACCUCUCCCCCCUUGAAUCUUGAGUGUAUUCCCAUCAAUCUCCAUCACUCUACUUCGCAGCAACUUCCCCCCAUCAAUGCCCACCCAAAUUCCCCCUUUAUCCAAACCCCUGAUCUGCCGCCAACGAUUCCUUCCCCGCCGCUGAAUCUUACUGCCGCCAACAGAUCCUUCCUCAGAUCUGGAUACACAUCUGAUCAACAGAGUUCCAGCUCUGCUUCUUCGGUCGACCUUGGAGGUGACCAAGGGCAUAGUGCCAUCAAAGUUUUGAAUCACUCUGAGGAAGUUCUUAGGAACCACCCAAAUGAAGAAAACAAUGGAACUAUUCAGAUGGGCUCUUCUGGUCAUGGUCGACCGAAUUCAAGUGGUGGUGGUGCUGUUGUCGUUCAUAAACACAGAAGUAGCGAUGUGGACAGUGUGAGGCUUUGUGAACUGAGUUUUGGGAGCUAUUGCCUCUGGCUUGAUGAACAUAGAGAAGAUAUGAAGGACUUUAUGGUGAAGAAACUGAAGGAUAAGCUGUUUGUUGCACGGGCUUAUUUUCCUACCAUCGCUAAACUUCCAGAACAGAGCGAAUUGUCUCGGGAGCUGAGACAAAACAUUCAAGAAUUUGAACGGAUCCUUAGUGAGAGUUCAACAGACACCGAUCUUCCACCAUUUAUUGAGAAGAAACUUCAGAAGAUGGAAGCUUCAAUAGCCAAGGCCAAAACAUUUCCUGUGGAAUGUAGUAACGUUGAUAAAAAGUUGAGACAGAUAUUGGAUUUGACUGAGGAUGAGGCCAACUUUCACAUGAAGCAGAGUGCAUUCCUCUAUCAACUGGCAGUUCAGACCAUGCCAAAGAGUCUUCAUUGCCUGCUUAUGAGAUUGACGGUUGAAUAUUUUAAAACUUCUCCGCAUGCUGAGAUUACUCGGCCUGAGAAGUACUCAGAUCCAUCCCUGCAACAUUAUGUUAUAUUAUCCAAAAAUGUCCUUGCAUCAUCAGUUGUGAUAAACUCCACCGUUUUGCAUGCAAGGGAAAGUGGAAAUCUUGCUUUUCAUGUGCUGACCGAUGCUCAGAAUUAUUUUGCAAUGAAACUCUGGUUCCUUAGAAACACGUACAAGAAAGCAGUUGUGGAAGUGAUUAAUAUUGAAGAUGUGAAUCUGGACAAUGAAAAGACAGCUCUGUUAAGUUUUUCCUUGCCCGUGGAGUUUCGUGUUACAUUUCAUCAGAGUGUUGAAAGUCCAUCUGAAACCCAUUUGAGGACUGACUACCUAUCAACUUUUUCUCAUUCUCACUAUCUUCUUCCGUACAUAUUUCCAAAACUUAAGAGGAUUGUGGUUUUGGAUGAUGAUGUUGUCGUCCAGAGGGACUUGACAGAGUUAUGGAGUCUGAAGAUGGGAGGAAAAGUAGUUGGUGCUGCACAAUUAUGCUCGGUGCGGUUUGCGCAGCUUAGCAAUUUGUUUGGUGAUGACAGCUUUGACAGAAAAUCUUGCCCUUGGAUGUCUGGUUUAAAUGUCAUUGAUUUAGUCAAAUGGAGGGAGCUGGAGCUUACUAAGACAUACCAAGACUUUGUCCGAGAGGUUAGCCGAAGAUGGUCAAGUGAAGCUAUAGCAUUGCGUGCUAACCUGCUCACGUUCCGAGACCUAAUACAUCCCCUCGACGAUUCGUGGGUUUUGUCUGGAUUGGGUCAUGAUUAUGCACUCGAACCCCAAGUAAUUAAGCAUGUUGCAGUACUACACUAUAAUGGAAACUUGAAACCUUGGCUUGAAUUGGGAAUCCCAAGCCUUGGGUUCACAGAGGGCACAGCAUCAACUCUCACCAUGUUUGACGAUUUGUCUCGUGGCUUGGAGAAUAUCAAGGAGUAA